CCUUGUUCCAAAGCUAUAAAGAUGCCACGAACAAAAGCUUCGAAGAAAACUGCAGUAAAGCAAGAGCAAACCAAUGACAAAACUGAUAAUAAUGAAAAAUAUCUGCUUUCACUCUACCCAGAGAUGGUUGAGAACGCAAGAAAAGAAGCAUUGUCAUAUGUGGAGAAUUAUCGAAAAUCUGUUCUGCAUGAGAUACAAAACUCUUGUGCCGUGGAACGUCUGAGAAUCCCAAAAAAAUUUAUGAAAAUGCCAAUGUCUGAAGUGCUCAAAUUAUCGUCCUUCAGUUCAUUGGAUAACCCGUCUAUGGUCAGUAAGAGUUGUAUCCUAAAAGAAGACAUUUUGAACCUCGUAAAGAGUACAACUAAAAACAGGAGGAUAACGAGGAGUUCCUCUUUUACCGAUGAAGGCUACCUAACUACAGGGAGCAAUAAUUCAGGUUCAAGGAAAUCCAGGAACAGAGCACCGAAGACUACCACCAGUUCGACGCGUAGGACGAGAUCGCUGUCGAAAAGUAAUUCUUUGAAAGUACCGAGCAAGCAGCCGAAGAGAACCUCAUCUGUUCAGAAGACACCCAUCAACAAAGUUACCCCUCCUAACAGCUACGGAACCGUUACACCUAAGUGCAAACCAAACACACCGCUGGUGUUUUUGAGAAGACCGAAAGUAGGAGAAGUAGCAUUAUCGAUGCAAGGCAGUCCAUUAUUAACAGCGCCAGUAGUCACGGAGGAAAGGGCGAACAUCAACAUCCCUCUCAAAAAUGGAGAUUUGAUGAGCUUGUUACCUCAGAGCGGGCUCAGGAUGUCGCAGAUUCCAGAAUUCGAUCAACACACUUUACGAGAAUUAGAUUGCUUACGAGCAAACCUCGAUAAGGUUUUCGAGGUCACAAAGAAGAGGUACAACUUGGAGUUUUAGACACGAUCAUUUUAAGUAUUUUUCAGAAUGUGUUGCGCUCCGAUUUUUUUUAAUGUAGGCUUUGUUUUAUUUUUGUUUUGUUGAUCGAAAAUUUGAAUUGAGGAAGAAAUUUGAGACUGUUAGAUCUGAUGAUGUCAAUUGAUAUGGAAACGUUUUUGUAAGAAAUACGUUCAAGGCUGAUAUACCUAUACAAAGUUUCGUAGUUUUUUCAAAUAAUCAACCUACAUGUAGAAAAUACAAAGAAGGUAUUCGGACGAGUUGUUUGGUUGAAAGACGGGAGGACGAUGAAAGUGAUUGAAUGGAUUUUGUUUGGAUUUUUUAAAUCAGUUGUAAUGAUGAGUAAGAAUAUUUUUUUAAAUAUUUUCAGACCGACACAAGUUAUUUGUAUCAUACUGUAUUUAUAUUUUAUACUAGUAGUUAAUAUGACUAGACACGGUACACUACAUAAUGGAAGUCAUCAUUAACUAGCUACGAAUAUUAUUUUUAUAAUUUUACUUUGUGGUCGUAGGUUAGAAUAAAAUAUUAUAAAUAAUAGUAAUAAAUGGUUU